AUGCCAGAAGAGCAAAGGCACUCAUCCGAAUACUCUUCACAGCAUAGUAGGAGGGAUUCAAGUUCACAUGAAGAAAUCAAAGUUGAAAAAUCAGAUAAAAAGGAAGCUCGUGGCCAUUUAUAUGGCGAGUUAUUCCGAAAUCCAUGGGCAAUUAUUGGCAUUUUCCCUGCACUUGUCACAGGAGGAUCUAAUAUUUUGGUGUAUUUAUUUUUCGGCAAUAUAUUAAAUGCUCAUACAGACUAUGCAGUUUCAGUCAAAGCUCACGAACAGGAUCCAUCAGUACCAAUUGUUGAUAAAAUGCCUUAUAUAAUCAAAAAUUUUUUAUGGAUUGUUGGCAUUGCAGUCUUAUGUGGCUUAUGCAGCUUUGUUGGAAAGAUAAUUUGGGUCAGAUUAGGCACAAGACUUUCUACAAAACUCAGAAAGAAACUUUUUUAUCAUUUAAUGCAAUGCGAAGUCACAUUUUUUGAUGUAACGCCAAUUGGUUCAGUAUUAUCAUUACCUUCUGAAGAUUCGCAGAUGAUUCAACUUUCAUUUGGCUCUGUAAAAUAUCAGCAAAUAGAAAAUCUUGCAAAAUUCCUCAUUGGAAUUGUUUUGGCUUUUGUUUACAGCUGGAAAGUUGCUCUUAUUUCAUGCGCUGUUAUACCUGUUGCUAUGAUCAUCAUUGGAAUCUUUGGUCCAAUUUUGGGUAAGAAGAAUGCAAUCAGAUUUGAAUCUCUUUCUAAAUCAGUCACUUUAGCAGAAGAAACACUAGCAUCAAUAAGAACAGUAAGAGGUUACAAUAGGGAAGAUGAUGAAAUUGAGAGAUUCAAGAAAUUAUCUUUAGAAUCUGCAAAAUAUGAGCAGUCAUCAGGUUAUUUAGUGGCAGUGUUGUUCUUCUUUAUCAUGGUUGCUUUAUGGGUUGAUGUUAUUUUGAACUUAUACUUUGCAGCAACUUUAGUUGAGAAAUCCAUGAAAAGUGGAAAGAAUGACUUUUUGAUUGGAGAUAUGAUGGCUUGUAUGAUGUUUACAAUGUUCGGAACAUUGGGUAUCAUGGUUCUCCAAGGAAGCGUUAGUGGUGAACAAAAAGCCAUUGCUGCAGGUGCUCGUAUUCUCAAACUUUGUAAUCAUGUUCCUGCAAUUCCUUUCGAAGGAGGAAUUGAUAAGGUUGAUAAUUUCCAAGGUCACAUUAAAUUCUGUAAUGUUACCUUUAGAUAUCCUACAAGACCUGUUGAUGUUUUACAAAAUGUAUCAUUUGAAAUUAAGCCACACACUCAUGCUGCUCUUGUCGGACAUUCAGGAAGUGGUAAAUCAACAUGCGUCCAAUUGUUAGAAAGAUUUUAUGAUGUUUCUGAAGGCAUGAUUUUAAUUGACGGAAAAGACAUAAAAGAAUACGAUCCAAGAUUCUUGCACAAAAAGUUUGGGCUUGUUAACCAAGAACCAACAUUGUUCAGUACUACAAUUGCAGAGAAUGUUAAAUAUGGAAAUCCAGAUUGCACUCAAGAAGAAAUCGAAAAAGCUUGUGAACUUUCAAAUGCAAAGAAUUUCAUUGAAAAAAUGGAAAUGAAAUAUGAAACACUGGUUUCUGAAAAAGGAUCUUCUCUUUCUGGUGGCCAAAGACAAAGAAUUGCUAUUGCAAGAGCACUUGUAAAGAAUCCAACAAUUUUACUUUGCGAUGAAGCAACUUCAGCUCUUGAUUCAAGUUCAGAGAGAAAAGUUCAAGCAGCGCUUGAUAAUGUCAUGAAGGAUAGAACAUCUAUUAUUGUUGCUCACAGAUUGUCAACAAUCAGACACUCUGAUAUCAUCUUUGUUUUUGAUGCAGGAAAGAUCGUAGAAUCAGGAACUCAUGAUGAGCUUGUUUCUCACCAAGGAGCUUAUUACAAUCUCGUUUCAAGACAACUUCUAACUGAUAUCACAAAGAAGAGUGAACCUGUUGAUAAUUCAACACCAAAGGAAGAAACUCAUGAAGAAACUGAUAACAAAGAGAGCAGCAAAUAA